AUGUCGCGCCGCGUGAGCGUCGCCCGCAACCAGUGCUUGGAGCUGGAGCGCGUCAUCGCCGGCCGUGCACGCUCGGGAAGCCUUGGCCUCGACGACGCGCUCAAGCUGUUCGAUGAAUUGCUGCCCCACGCCAGGCCCGCCUCGGUUACCGCCUUCAACCAGAUUCUCACCGCUGUCUCUCGUGCCUCGGGCCGGUGCUCCUCCUCCACCUCUGACUCAGAGCUGGUCGUCUCUGUCUUCAACCGGAUGAUCCGUGAAUGCUCCACCAAGGUGACUCCCGACCUUUGCACCUACAGCAUCCUCAUCGGUUGUUUCUGCCGCAUGGCCCACCUGGAGCAUGGCUUCGCAGCCUUUGGCCUCAUCCUUAAGACGGGCUGGAGGGUGAAUCACAUAGUCAUCAAUCAACUGCUCAAAGGUCUCUGUGAUGCAAAGAGGGUGAGUAAGGCCAUGGACGUUUUGCUCCAUCGAAUGCCUGAGCAUGGAUGCACGCCAGAUGUAGUUUCAUACAGCAUACUUCUUAAGGGUUUCUGCAAUGAAAAGAGAGCUGAGGAGGCACUUGAGCUGCUCCACAUGAUGGCUGAUGGUCAAGGUAGAAGCUGCCCACCAAAUGUGGUGUCCUACAAUACCGUCAUCAACGGUUUCUUUUCUGAGGGUCAAGUGAACAGAGCUUACAGCCUGUUUCUUGAAAUGAUGGAUCGGGGCAUUCCACCGGAUGUUGUGACAUACAACAUAGUAAUUGAUGGCCUGUGCAAAGCUCAAGUGGUUGACAGGGCCAAGGGUGUCUUUCAGCAGAUGAUUGAUAAUGGUGUUAGGCCAGACAAUGACACAUAUAACUGUCUGAUCCAUGGAUACCUCUCUAUAGGGAAGUGGAAAGAGGUGAUAGGAAUGCUCGAAGAAAUGUCUGCAUGUGGUCUUAAGCCAGAUUGCUGUACUUAUGGUCUAUUGCUGGACUUUCUAUGCAAGAAUGGAAAAUGCAGAGAAGCUAGAACUUUUUUUGAUACUAUGAUUAGGAAGGGCAUAAAACCUAAUGUAACUAUCUAUGGCAUUAUGCUUCAUGGAUAUGCUACCAAAGGUGCUCUUUCUGAAAUGCAUGAUCUCCUAGAUUUGAUGGUAACAAAUGGUAUUUCACCUAAUCAUCACAUCUUUAACAUAGUGUUCUGUGCAUAUGCUAAAUGUGGUAUGAUAGAUAAGGCAAUGGAUAUCUUCAACAAAAUGAGGCAGCAAGGGUUGAGUCCUAAUGUAGUAAGCUACGGAGCACUAAUAGAUGCACUAUGCAAGAUAGGCAGGGUGGAUGACGCUGAGCUCAAAUUCAAUCAGAUGAUCAAUGAAGGAGUGACUCCUGACAUUGUUGUUUUUAGCUCUCUAGUUUAUGGACUCUGCAACGUUGAGAAAUGGGAGAAGGUUGAGGAAUUAUUUUUUAAAAUGUUGGAUCAAGGAAUCCGUCCUAACGUAGUGACGGUCAUGGAAGCCCUGAGGCUCAUUGACAUGAUGGAACAUGUAGGCGUAAGGCCAAAUGCUUUCUCAUAUAAUCCGUUAAUAUGUGGUUACUGCUUAGCUGGAAGGAUGGAUGAAGCGAAGAAGGUAUUUGAUGGUAUGGUCUCAAUUGGCCCGUCACCUGAUGAAGUUACUUAUAAUACUUUGCUUCAUGGCUACUGUAAAGCUCGAAGGAUAGACGAUGCAUAUAGCCUUUUCCGAAAAAUGUUGAGCAACGGCAUUACAGCUGGAGUUGUGACUUACAACACUAUACUGCACGGUCUGUUUCUAAAUGGGAGAUUUUCUGAAGCAAAGGAACUCUAUCUCAAUAUGAUCCAAACUGGAAAAGAGUGGAACAUUUACACAUAUAGCAUAAUUCUAAAUGGGCUUUGCAAAAAUAAUUGUGUUGACGAAGCAUUCAAAAUGUUUCAGAGCCUGUGUUCUAAAGAUUUUCAAUUUGACAUUACUACUUUCACCAUUAUGAUUGGGGCUUUGCUCAAAAGUGACAGAAAGGAAGAUGCCAUGAAUUUGUUUGCUACUAUCUCUGCUUAUGGUUUGGUUCCGAAUGUUGUGACCUACCACUUAAUAGCAGAAAAUCUCAUAGAAGAAGGGUCGCUAGAGGAGUUCGAUGGUCUGUUUUCAGCAAUGGAAAAGAGUGGUACUGCUCCAGACUCACGUAUGUUAAAUGCUCUAGUUAGGAGGUUGUUGCAUAGAGGUGACAUAAGCAGGGUUGGGACUUACCUCUCCAAACUUGAUGAGAAGAAUUUCUCAGUUGAGGCUUCCACUACUUCCAUGCUUAUAUCACUUUUCUCAACGGAUGAAUAUCAGCACCAUGCAAAGACUCUGCCUGAAAAGAGAUUUUCUGAAGCAAAGGAACUCUAUCUCAAUAUGAUCAGAAGUGGAAAAGAGUGGGACAUUUACACACACAACAUAAUUCUAAAAAGUCUUUGCAAAAAUAAUUGUGUUGAUGAAGCAUUCAAAAUGUUUCAGAACCUGUGUUCUAUGGAUCUUCAACUUGACAUUAUUGCUUUCACCAUCAUGAUUGGUGCUUUGCUCAAAGGUGGCAGAAAGGAAGAUGCCAUGAAUUUGUUUGCUACUAUCUCGGCUUAUGGUCUGGUUCCGAAUGUUGUGACCUACAACUUAAUAGCGGAAAAUAUCAUAGAAGAAGGGUCGCUAGAAGAGUUUGACGGUAUGUUUUCAGCAAUGGAAAAGAGUGGUACUGCUCCAGACUCACGUAUGUUAAAUGCUCUAGUUAGGAGGCUGUUGCAUAGAGGUGACAUAAGCAGGGCUGGGACUUACCUCUACAGACUUGAUGAGAAGAACUUCUCACUUGAGGCUUCCACUGCUUCCAUGCUUAUAUCACUUUUCUCAAGGGAGUUUACUGACCAUGUAGUUAAGAGGCCUCUUUCAGAUGCUUGCUUAUCCACACCAUCCAGACAUGGUAACACGACCGACAAGGGAACAAGGGUUAUUGACAAGUUGGGCAAAAAAGAAGCCGUGAAGACGAUGCAUUCCCAGGAAAAUCAUCUCAAGGAGCUCCAGGCUACCAUUAUGGACUUAAAAGCUGAAAUCACCGAGCUCAAGAUUUUCAUUGGAAUCAGCUCGUUCUCAAGGAAAGGUGUAGAUGAUAGGGGUCUUGUAUUCGAAUCGGUUUGA